AUGGAUGUAAUUCACGAUAAAAAUAAUCAAGAAUUUAAAGUACAACUGGAUAAAUCAUCAUCCGAUAAAGCUUAUUUAACUUAUGAACUUAAAGGUGAUACAAUUGAUUUUCAACAUACAUAUGUUCCAUCAAAAUAUCGUGGUCAAGGUAUUGCUGAACAGCUUGUUCUAAAGGCAAUGAAUUAUGUUGAAAGUGAAAGUUCAAUAAAAAAAAUUAAUCCAUCAUGCUCUUAUGUUGCUAAAUUUUUAAGCUUAGCUCCUCAAUAUGCUCGUUAUUUAGCUAAAUAA